AAAUGAUAGAAUUACAAGAAUCUAAAUAGUUUAUACAUUUAAUGCCACUCUUUCACUUAUUCUUUGAUUUUGCAAUUUUGAUACGCCAGUCGUGCGGAAUCGAAUCCCAUCUCAAAUAAACCAAAAAAAAAAAAAAAGUCUGUAUGCACACCUACGAAAUUUUUCAAAGCGAAGACCUUCAUCGCUUUUUUCAAACAUCUAACGUAACUACCAUAUUCGACCAGUUCUUUCGACGGAAAACAUACAAAAGUAUACUAUGGAAAGUGUAUAUACUAGUGUUGAUCCUACUGGGUCAUUUUGUGCCAACAUCAUCUCGAAAAAGGGUAGAAAUGAGGUGCAAAUAUUCCCUAUCGACAAGACAUCAUCUGAAAAUAUCAUUGUAAAUGCAUUAAUCAAAAAAUUUGAAUUAUCCUCUGAUGAUAGAAUCCGUGAUGUCACCUGGGUUUCUGCUGAACGCACAAGCAAAUCUGAUUCUAAACGAGGUACCAAGAGAUCCAAAUCUGAAGAAAAAAUUGAUACUAAUGAUACAAAUGAAUCAAUUAAUUUGAUUAUACUAAUAGAAAGCGGUGAUCUCCUUGUAUUUUCUCCAUUUAAAGAUGAAGUGGUUGAAAGAAUUUCCAACGAAACUAAAUUAAAGGCUUUGACCGGUUCUUUGAAACAACAGUCUAUCGUUGGUAUCAAGGAAGAUAAUGAACUUCUUGAGAUCAAUUUGAGUAAUAAUAAAACUAAGACAUAUAAGUUUAAAAAGAGUGGUGAGGAUAUUCAAACUUUAAAGUCAAUAAAGUAUAAAGGAAAUGGAUCAACUAGUAAGUCACAAUACAUUCUUUUGGGCUCUCAAAAUUUAUUUUUAAUUGAUACUUCGAGAUCGAAAAAGUCUUUAGUAAGUGAAUUUCCCAAAUUUGAAGAACUGAAAAGGAUUAAGAAUAUACAGCAAUCAAAAAUUCAAAAUGAUAUCGUAUUUGUUUCAAGAGAUGAUUGUGAUUUAAUUUAUUUAUAUAAUUUAAGUACUCCUGAAUCUUAUAGUACCUUCAAAACUUCAAGUUCCAAAAUAUUUAAUAUUCAAACUAUCGCUUCAAAUGAAGCAGAAGCAUUAAUGGCACUUACUGAAGAUGGUAUAGAAAUUUUUAAUAUUGACUUUGAAACUCAACACUUAGAACAAAAACCAAUUGGUCUUAUUAAAACUGACUUUCAUGACUCUGAUGCUUCGAUUUUAUUCAAAAAUUUAUUUACUAAGGCCAAUGAACAACUUAUUGGUAUAUGGCAUGAUAGAAAUCAGCCUCAUUUUUCAAUUAUUGAUUGGCUGUUAAAAGAUAUUGGUGAAAGGAUUAUUGCAAUUGAUUAUAGUGAAAUAAAUGAUUUAGAAAUUGAUAAUAAUGAAGAUGAUCAACCUAAUAUUUUACUUCCAGAUCAAGUUGAAGUUGUCAAUAUAUCUUUCAAUGAAUUAUCUAAACAAUUGAGUGGUUUGCUAAUUGAAAGAAAUUCCAAUACCGAAGAGAUUAUAAAAUUAUGUGAAUCAAAUAAUGAUGAAACAAAUAUUAAAGAAACCAUCCGUUCAUUUGCAACUUUACCAAAUUCAUCAUUACUCACAAACAAUUUAUUUGAUAUAUUAAGUCAUAAAAUCUCUAAAGAUUUUACCACUAAAAGCUCGUUAUCCAUUUGGCUUAAGUGGCUUUUAACCGUACAAGGUGGGUUUAUCUCUAAACAAGCAGAACAACAUGGAAAUUUAAAAUCUUUGCAAUCUGGAUUAGAAAAAGGUAUGAAAUUAUUACCUCGUUUGUUAGCAUUACAAGGUCGUUUACAACUUUUAAAGUCACAAGCUGAUUUAAGAAGUAAUAUGCAUAUUGAUGAUGAUGAUGAUGAUGAAAAUCAAGAUGAUGAAAAUCAGACCUUCAAUGAAAGCUUUGCCAACCAAACUACUCUUGCGGAAGAGUCAAUCGUUUAUGCUAAUGGUGAAAACGAUGAUUUCGAAGAAAAUGAAACGUUUGAUGCUGGUGAUGCCGAAUUGGUUGAAGAAGAAGAAGAAGAGGAUGAUCAGUAGUUUGCAAUAACUAGUAAAUAGACUAAUACUAAAAAUAAUUUAAUGUAUACUUCUACU